UGUUAUUCAGACUCAGGAUACUAUUGCUAGCGAAUACUGAGUGGUCUGAUCUACUUGAGUAAGCGCUCUUCAGAUGGCCAGAUCAGCCCACUAACAGCAGACCCCUCGCCCCGACGUCGCCCUCUUCCGCGGACUCUCCAGCCUCACAAUCCAACUGCCUCGGCUGUUCUCACGCCAAGACAGACAACGCAUCGUUACUCAGCGUGGAGAGAGAAUGGCUGAGUCAGGCCGGAACAGGCGGACGAUGAUGUCAUUGAGGCAGUCCACCCCGAAUUCUCCUGCCGGGCGUGCAGUCAGCCUCACCGGCCAGCUCCUACAAAAGGUACCUGCACGACCCUGCCGGACAGGGCUCGGGACUACGGCUGGGAUCCACUGCGAAGGAAACAAGAAUGGCAGGCCUUUCUGCCGAUGACUGGCGGGACGAGUAUGGUCCGUCUGUGCAGACCGGGGAGACGAGUUUCUGGGGGGAUGGAUUACACACGGGGGUGAGACUGGGCAAUGACGGCCGGUUGGACAUCGAAAUUGCACAGCAUCGGCCUAGUAUCGCGUCACUGCUGGCGCAUUUACACCCGGAGACAGAGGCGGGGAUACCGACAGAACGGGCCGAGUCCGAACAGGCAGAGACACCGAGGCUCUCCCGAUUGAAUAUCGUGAUGCAUGUCGUCGGCUCACGCGGGGACGUGCAGCCGUUUAUUGCGCUGGGCGAGGAACUGCAGCGGGUUGGGCACCGGGUACGGCUGGCGACCCAUCUGGCCUUCCGCGAUUUUGUGCUGGAGCAUGGGCUGGAGUUCUUCGAUAUCGGCGGCGACCCGGCCGAGAUGAUGGCCUUUAUGGUGCGGAACCCAGGGCUGGUCCCUGAUCUCAGCACGUUGCGCAGUGGAGCGAUCCCGAAACGACGCAGAGACAUCGCGACCAUUCUCGACGGGUGUUGGCGGUCGUGCUUCGAGACCGGCGACGGCACACAUCUGCAUCAGAUUCGAGACGAUCUCUUCGACGAAGAUGGUAUCGAUGGCAUUGCUGUUAAAACAGCCGACUAUCGGUCUAGACCCUUUGUCGCCGACGCGAUCAUUGCCAAUCCGCCCAGCUUCGCCCAUUUGCAUAUCGCGGAGAAGUUAGGGAUUCCCCUUACUAUGAUCUUUACCAUGCCCUGGUCCCCAACGCAGGCCUUCCCACACCCCCUGGCCAACAUCCGACGCAACAAUGCCAAACCGUCGGUCGCGAACUUUGCAUCCUACGCCGUCGUCGAGAUGAUGCUCUGGGAGGGACUGGGCGAUAUCAUCAACAAGUUUCGCCGUGGCAUCGGGCUGGAUACCUUGGACGCCGUGCGAGCGCCGAGUCUGGUGCAUCAGUUGAAAGUGCCGUACAUCUAUAUGUGGUCGCCGAGUCUUCUUCCCAAACCGGCGGAUUGGGCUGAUCACAUCCGACUCUCGGGCUUCAUCUUCCUCCCUGCGGACACAGACUACGCCCCGCCUGAGGAGCUGGUAUCGUUUCUGGAAGCCGGCUCCCCGCCUCUGUAUAUCGGAUUUGGGUCGAUCGUGGUCUCCGAUCCCAUCGCCCUGACUAAGACAGUCUUCGAAGCCGUCCAAUGUACCGGUCACCGCGCCAUCGUCUCCGCCGGAUGGAGUCGAUUAGCAGCGGACCAGGGCCUGGAGAUCCCCUCUUCCAUCUACCUGCUUCAAGGGAACUGUCCGCAUGACUGGCUCUUCCCGCGGGUUUCCGCCGUGGUGCACCACGGCGGUGCUGGAACGACCGCCACGGGACUCGCCUGCGGCUGUCCGACUGUCGUGGUGCCCUUCUUCGGGGACCAGCCCUUCUGGGGUUCGAUUGUUGCUCGUGCGGGGGCAGGGCCUACCCCGAUCCCCUUCAAGCAGUUGACGGCCGACCGGCUGGCGGAAAGCAUCCAGCAAGCUCUUACCCCGGAGAUCCGCGAGCGAGCGCGUCAAUUGAGCGAGCAGAUGCGGGGCGAGAACGGCGUCCAGAGCACCGUUGCUGCCUUCCACGAACAUCUGUUCUGUCCGAUCGCCAAGAACAACACCUUCACGACGAAUAAUACCCACGAUGGAAUCCGGUCCUGCGCCCUGAGUCCCGGUCGACCGGCGUCGUACCGCCUGAUGCCCGCGGGGAUACCCCUCAGCGCCUUUGCGGCAUCGGUUCUCAUCGACCGGGGGAUCGUCAAGGCAGGCAGCAGCCAUCUCCAACCGUAUCGACCGGCAGAGUACGACACCAGCCGGGAUCCCGCCGGGCCCAUCUCCGCGGGAGCAGGCGUGUUUCUCGGAGCGACGGCGCGGUUCAUCACCGGACUGGCCGACAUGCCCUUUGAACUGGUCGGGAUCACGCAGCAGUACCAUCAGAACCAUCAGUGUCAUCGACGGAAACGGUCAGCACCAGACGAAAAUAGUCGACACUCUGUUGAUUCAUCAUCAUCAUAUUCUUCUUCUUCUUCUUCAUCGUCGUCGUCGGCGUUGAGUAUCUCCACGGACAUCUCAACCACCAGCGAGCCCAGUCUGCCCGUGACGAAAGCCACCAAAAAGUCGAGAAUCCCGCGGUGGUCGAAACAGAUGCUGGACGUGUUGAUCGUGCCACCCAUGGACGUGACGCUGACGCUGUCGCGCGGCUUCCACAACAUGCCGCGACUCUACCACGACCGCACGGUGAAGCCGACGCCCAAGGUCACCGACGUGCGGACGGGACUGCAGGCGGCCGGGUCCGAGUUCACGCAGGGGUUUGUGCAGGGGAUCGGAGGGCUGGUCAGCCAUCCCCGGAUGGGAUGGGAAGACCACGGCACUGCCGGCUUUGUCAAGGGGGUGGGAAAGGGCGUUGCAGGGGUGAUUUUCAAGCCGCCGGCCGGGCUUUGGGGACUAGCCGGAUAUCCGUUGAAAGGGUUACACAAGUCGCUGCGGCACUCGUUGUUCGCAGAGGCAGACCAGGCGGUCCACGACGCUCGCAUGGCACUGGGACAGGACGAGAUGCACCGAGCGACGGCCAAGGAAUGCGACGAGGUCAUCCGGAAAUGGAAUCUCAUCAAUAGAGAUGGUUGA